AUGCCGAUGCCGGGGGACGACGGGGCCGCGGCGGCCAGGCAGCCCCCGUCCGGCGAGGCGGCGGCACCGCGGGACGAGGAGCAGCAGGAGGAAGAAGGCGAGGAGGAUCUUCGUGACGGCGGCGUCCCCUUCUUCGUCAACCGCGGCGGGCUGCCCGUGGAUGAGCCCACCUGGGAGCGGAUGUGGCGGCAUGUGGGCAGGAUCCACCCCGAGGGGGAGCGGGUGGCGCAGAGGAUCCGGGGCGCCGCCGACCUGCCCAAGAUUCCCAUACCAAGUGUGCCUGUGUUCCAGCCGUCCACCCCCAUCCCUGAGCGCCUGGAAGCUGUGCAGCGCUACAUCAGGGAGCUUCAGUACAAUCACACUGGGACACAAUUCUUUGAGAUUAAGAAGAGCAGACCUCUGACUGGGCUGAUGGACCUGGCCAAAGAAAUGACCAAAGAGGCCCUGCCAAUAAAAUGCCUGGAAGCUGUGAUCCUGGGAAUUUACCUCACCAACAACAUGACCACACUGGACCGUUUCCCCAUCAGCUUCAAAACCCACUUCUCAGGGAACUACUUCCGACACAUUGUGCUGGGGGUGAACUUUGGCGGCCGCUAUGGGGCACUGGGCAUCAGCCGCCGCGAGGAGCUGAUGUACAAAGCGCCUGUCUUCCGCACACUGAGCGAACUCAUCUUUGACUUCGAGGAGGCCUAUCGCCGCUGCUGGCACACGCUGAAAAAGGUGAAGCUGGGCCACUGCGUGUCCCAUGACCCACACAGUGUGGAGCAGAUUGAGUGGAAGCGCUCCAUCCUGGAUCUGGACAAGCUAACACGGGAAGACUUUCGCAAAGAGCUCGAGAGACACGCCCGUGAUAUGAGGCUGAAGAUUGGGAAAGGAACUGGACCGCCAUCUCCCACCAAGGACAGAAAGAAAGAUGUCUCCUCCCCACAAAGAGGUCAGGCCAGCCCCCAUCGGCGAAACAGCCGUGGGGACCGACGGCCAUCUGGUGAGAAGAAGCCUGCCGAUCCCAAAGCCAUGCCAGACCUCAAUGGGUACCAGAUCCGGGUAUGAAGAGAGCUGUGCCUUGUGUGCCUGCCUCCACGGACUUCUUGCUGGCCACAGUUGGGACCUGGAUCCACCUGCAGUGAUUCUGACAAAUGGAACAGGGGAGUGGGAGCAAAAGAGACUGCUGAUUUUCCCAGGUGCUUACUAGUGGGCCAGUCCCAGAGCUGGAUCCCAUGGGUCCCAGAGGAUUCGCCUGCCUGUUUCUGGGAGAGGUGACCAUCUUAAUUCACUUAAGUAUUUUUAAAAAAAAAAAGGGAAAAAAGAAAAAAAUAUGUACAUUAGUGGGAGUUCACUUCAGGAAGAAUAUUAAGUGAGUGGGGUCAGUGGCCUUGCUAUCUUUACCUUGACAGCAAGUAGAUGGAGCAUCUUGUCAACAGUACUUCUUCCCUGUGUGCAGUUUUCAACCCCUGCAAGGCCUGCAGGGCUGAGGGAGAAGUGAUGCUGGAACAGGAUGACCCCUGAAUCUUGUACAAAAACUCCUGGUUUUGUCAUUAUGAACACUUUGUUUAUCAUUGCUCUUGUGAGAGUAGGUCUGAAUUUGCUCAGCCUGAUUUAUUGACCAUACAAAUUCUUCUUAUCCAGAAAAAACACAUCUUGUAUGUUUAGUCCUGCCUAUUUCAAAGUAUUUCAUUGUCUCUGAGGAGGUAGACAGUGGAAUGCUAGUGAACUGUUGCUGUAGGCCCUUUGGUGGUUGAGUGGAUCAGGAUAUGCCUAUACCACUGCUACAUGAAAACAGGCAUAGAGAGCUCAAUUGUUCUAGCAAUGGAGAUGGGGCAAGUGGGGGCUGGUGGAGAACCUGAACUGCACAUCAUCUGUUCAUCAGCCUUCUCUCUACUAACUUCUGGUGGCUGCUACUCAGAAAGCUUGUGGCAGGCACUUCAGUCACUGAGGUACGAGUUUUAAGAGUAAAAAGUUAAAGAAGGAUGUAAUAAUGUGAACAGGUUUUACAAGCAUUUUUUCCUUUCCACAAGGCUCUUGCUCCUUCCUCCCUGUUGUGUUAGUGCCAGAGUUGCAUACACCUGUUUGUGAGAAAGUCUACUCAAGGAAAUUGCAGCUGCUUUCCUGACAGCUCACCUUGGAGCCUCCUGAAAGCAGUUUCCCACCCCAGUGCCAGAGCUGUGCUUGUGUUCGGGCUCUUUGGAUAGCUGCAGGAUGUAAUAGCACCACUUAUACUAACCUUUCCCAAAGGGCUGGGCUGGGCCUUUCUGCCACUUGUGGCCUUACUUCCUUUGCUUCUUUUGGGGGAGUGUUGUACUACUGAUUCAGCAGUGUAAUGCUUGUCAGAAAUCUGGAGUAUUGUCAGGAUCUCUCUGUCUGAGGCCUAGGCCAUGGGAACAGUGGGAUUUCCAGAAGUCAGAACAGCAUGGUCUUAAAGUGAUUUGGAUGCAUGGAUCUGGGGGAUGCAUAAACUGAGCUUGGGAGUGGGAGUAUCCUGGAGAGAAACAGUCUUGUUUUAUCACAGCACUGACAAGGAGCUACACUUUCUGAAAUACCACACAUUUAAUUUUGUUAGAACUGAGCUUAUUCUUUCCUUUUUUGAUUUGUUAGAAACAUGAUGGAGCUUAGCUCUACUAGUUUUUUUGUCACAGUAUUCCUGUGCCACAUCCUCAUAAUAAGUAGAGCUAUUCUGGUGGCGGAGAAUGGGUUCUUAACCCCAAACAAAUCAGCUCUUCUGCCUAGUUAAAGCAGUUAAUCCUCAAAGCACCACCCACAAGCGAUUUAACUCAGACCUUACAGGUUCCUAAUUGUCCAUCCUUAACUGUGAUGUAACUUGCAAGACGUAUCCAUACCACUGCAGUCAGUCCUUCCAGUCUCCCUUUGUAGUCUGUACUUUUGUGCUGUACAAACAAGAGGAAAAUCUGUAAGAAGGUGGCAGAACUUGCUGCUGAGCCAAGAGAAGGUUAAUCCAGAAGAGGAUGCCAGUUUCCACAGUACAGUGCAACACCUGUCCACUCCCUUAUAUUCCAGCUACAUGCAACAACUGAAGUUAACUGCAGCAGGAGCCAAGCACCCAUUUGAACGUGUCCUCUGGUCAUUUUUGUGUGGCUGUAAAUUAACAUGUUUAGUGUGUGGAUGCUAACAAUGAUGCAGCCUUUACAGCUAACAUCAUUGUUAGCAUCCAGACACUAAAUAUGUCAAAAGCUACCUGUAAAUAAUAUGGGCCACUUGGAAGCCACAAACUGCCUUUGCAUAAUGUUUACUAUGCAGCGGACUGAAAGUUCAGAUGCCACUGUGAAUCAUAUGAUAAAUACAAGCAGCAGUCAGCAAGGGGAAACUGACUGUCAGGUUUUAUUAUAAAGUGGAUGAAAUCCAGAAUUUAAAGACAAUUAUAAAAGAUGCCUAGAAUGCAUCUUAACUAUGACUGUGUUUCUUCAAUUGGUUAGUUAAUUCAGAGUAACUGGAGAGCUCUUGAGAGUAAUUAGUCAUUUAAUACAGAGAACAUUGAGCUUUUUUAGACAGAAAGGAGAAAUGUGGGGGUGAGAGGAAGACUGCAACAGAUGAGACAAGUGAGGGGUCAGCUGCAAGUUAAUGAUGCUAUCUUGAGAGCAGGGCAACAGGGGUGUUCAGCAGCGUUAGAUCACCAAGGAAGAAUGGCUUAAAACAAAAUGCUUUGUUUGACUUUGUAAUUAAGAGCUUUCCUGCAGGAUGCAACUGAGGCCAAUAGCUUAGAAAAAGCUAUUAGCUUAGAAAAAGCAAAGGAAAUGGAUGUUUAAGAUAUGAAUGACAGGUAGAGUUCAGGGUCUCUUAAUCCUCAGCUGCAGCUAGACAAGAACAUCCUCUUUCAAGAUCUACUUGCACAAUUAUAUAUGUUACGAAGUAUUUCAUUCUUUGCUUGUAUCUAAUGUUGAUUAACUCCUCAAGAUGGAUACAGGAGCAGACAGGGUUACCAUUUCAAGCCUUCUACUGUGUUUCUCUGUGUAGAAUUCCUGCUCCUUACUGUUUCUGUAUCUCCAGUUCAGGAGAUGGUACAAGAAACUGGAAAAGGACCAUAGAGUUCUCCCCUUCUUGCUCUUGCUCCCCCCAUCUUUGUAACAGGAUGAAUCACUUCAAUACAAAGCUUUGCUUCCUUCCUAACAAACAAAACCACAUCCUUCCAUGACAGAGAGAAUUAAUGCAAUCUAGCUUUAUGCUGUAAGAAAGCUGAGGGUACAGUGCAAGACAAAGUUUGGCACUUCGACUUCUUUCCUCCCCCACCUACUUGGUCUGGUUUCUGGUCUGUCUGCCUUUAACCAUAAGGAAGAAAGGCUGGUGAUGAGAGUCUUUUUCACUUCUGCAGGCUUUAGAGCUACACAGAAGGAAUGAUAAUGUCAUACUCCUUUAGUGCCUGCAGAACAAGGAAGAUGGAUCUCAAGGAGUCCUAUUAAUUUUUUAAUGUUAAAUAUUAAUAGGGUCGCUCAUGUAGCUCUGUGAUCUAAAUUUCACUGUUCAGUAGGUUUCACACGAUAUCUGUUCUGCAGUACAAGUCCUGUGAACUCUGUGGAAAGGAACUGUGUUUGUACACUAGGAAUGGACAGACACUGCCUGCAUUGUAUGUGAAGCUGAGGUGAGCUUUGAAAGACUUCAACAAAUGCUGACCUAUUACUGGCAAAACUAUUCUAAAUGUAAUGCAAACCUUGAAAUAAGAGCCCCUCUUUAUGCUUUUAUGUAGACAAGUCCCUUGAUACCUGGCCAACUGCAAUUUUUUUAAUGGACAGAUUCAUUAAUUGAGCAAAACUUUCUGCUACAGCAUCACUCUGAUAUAAACUUUGUAUAUUAAAGAGCAGGGUUGGGUGUCCAUCAGUCUGUGACAUACUAACUUUUUUUUUUUUUACUGGUAGAAGCUAAAGGAGUCUUUAGGAAAUUGGUGUGCGUUAGCAAGUGUUUUAGGUGGGAGUGGAGUGCUUUUUUUCAGUUACUAUUUUACCUGUGGGCCAGGGUAUGGGUCAGUACCAUUUCCUUGGAUCUAUCAGAAUAAAUGAAUCCAGAACUGUAGUUGAAACAUAGUUUCUGUUCACAUAAUAGUUGUGUUGCUGUUUUCAAAUCUGCUUAACAGGAUGAAUUUUCUUUUAAGUAUUUCAGGUGAAAGCCUUAAUCAGGUGCCUGCCCCCUAAGGCAGAUUCAGGUGUGGUGUGGUGUGGUAUAGACUGGAAUAUGACUGUCCUUAAAAUUUCAGAGUUUAAGAAACCAUAAUGAACAGAAGAAAGCUCCUGUUAGCCAAAGGGCAAGAGUCUGGAUUAGACUGGCUUGACCUUGUUCCAGUGGCUCUGGCUAGUCACUUCAGGUGGUUGCUUUAGCUACCUGCUUCUUCUGAGUGAAGUAUUUCAAGUGGUCCUGAUGAUCAAACUGUAGGUAUAGGCAGGGGGUGUCUCAGGUGUAUGGUGUGUGCAAGUCUGGCUGAAAUAACACCACCCAUCCCAGUGGCCUUGCACUGUUGUCCUGACAACAUUUAGACCUGCAUUAUGGAUUUAUAACUUUACUUAACAAAGCAAGUGCUAUUCUGGCUUGAUGUUUGCUCUCCCAGAGAAAGGUGGAGAUGGCCCCUCUACAGCCAAGCUGAACUCCUUAAGGAAUUUAAUAUUUUUGUGUGUCUUCUGAGCAGGUGUUUACUUGUAUCACAGCCAUUCUCCUUCAGUGGUGCCCUGGCCCUUUCUGCUCCAGAGCAACGCAGUUUAGGCUCAGAAGGCUCCUGAAUCCCCCAUAAUCUCUGCAGAGCAGAGUCUCCCUCCAGGUCAGGGCUGAGAUGGUGCUAGUGGGACCAGAGUGGUCCCCUUCCAUGCACACCAGUAUUCCACUCCAGCACCGACAGGGUGCUGCAAAACCAUUUACAUCUUUAUCACUGGUACAGCUCAGAACUAAGAAAUUGAAAGUUUCUUUCUUUAAGAACAGUAUCAUGUGUGUCUUUUUGUAAUUAAUCAGUGUGGUUCUGUGUUCUUAUGUAGCCAACACAGAAUUUUUAUUUAGAUUUAGGUUUUUACUGCACUUCCCAUGGCCUUCAUGUUGACACUUCUUCCAGCUUCCUUUGACACUUAGACAAUAAAAUUCCCUCUGUACUGCUCUCAGCUUGUGCAGAGAAAACAAGUUGUCUGUACUGUCCUUCUUUUUGCUUUAAACCUUCCCAUUACAUGUCAGCAGGAAGUCAAAGCCUUGAGUGAUGGUAUCAGGCAAAUAAUGUAAAGAUGUCCUUUACUUGGUACACUAGUGGACAUGGAAGAACCCUCAUCCUCCUUUAAUCAUCUGAAUAGGUGAGUAUGUCUGUGCACACAGAGGCAGUUGCCAGAGUAAGUAUGUAUGUGGCUGUUUAGCAAAGAAAUUCAAGUUUUCCCUCUUGAACUGCCAUCAGUCAGGCUGGAUGGCAAAAAAAAAUCAGCGCAGGCAGCAUGAAAAAUUUCACUCUUCCAAUACUGUACCAAACAAUACUGUAAGGGUUAAUACAAACCUCUUCUUGCACUGCUCAACUUGUCUAUGUACAAUUCAGUCUCCCUUCCUGGCCUGAAAAGCAGUUCUCCUCAAAGUCUGCUUAGUGACCUUCCAGACUAAUGACCUCACCAGGACUGCUCAAGACAAAUGCUGGGUUAAUAAAGGACAGUCAGCUGCAAGAUUCAGUGCAAGGAUCCCCAGCAAGGGGAUCCAACUUUAUUCAGGCUAUCAUCUUUCAGGCAUAACAUACCCCUUCUCUCUAGGGAAAUGAGUAAGAGCUGGGACCAGGGCCAGUAUGUAGGCAAGCCUACAGUGUGUAUAGGAAAGGAAUAAGCAUUCUCUGACCUGUUAUUCCAAAGAGAAAGGCACAUGCAAUAGUCCAUCUUAGCCAAGUUAAUUAUAUGAACUGCUUCUGCCCUGAGGGAAAGCAAUUGCACAGUUCUAAGCAUCUACUUCAGACGCUUGCUUGAAAACAUCCUCUGCUCCAUGCCUUACAGAUUUUGGUUUAAAUCAGGUAACGCCUAUAUCCCCUAUGGAUGUAUAGAUCAGGGUGGAGUGAGAACAGUGAAGCAGCCACAGACUUUCUGCUCCCUCUUACAUCAGGCUUUUCCCCUGUGACUGGUUGUCCCUGCAGUUUUAGUUUUCAAGUAAAUUAGAGAUUAUGCUGCUUGGACCUUAAGUGGAAAAUCUUCAUUGGGGGAAGGAUAAACAAUAUGUUGAAGCAGAAAAUAAAUUAUAAACCCCAAGAAACAAAAAAACCACACCCUGUCAGUUUUUACACUGAGAGGCCCAAGACUUAAGGUUCUCACAUGUCUAAAAGCACACAGAAAUUCAUUCAUGAGAGAGUGAGACUGAGCCUUAAGAGCACCAUUCAUGCAGCAACUGCAGGAUUAUGACAGGCAAAGGCAUAUGACAUGCUGUGGAUAGCAGGCCAUUACAGAAUUAAGUUAACCAGGUUCGUUUUCCUGGAUUAUAUUUUUAUUUUGGCAAAGAGGGAGUGCUAUCUUCUCUCUAACCUCAUUUUAAGGGAGGAAAGGAGGAGAGAAAUAACUACAGAAUAAAUACUGCAUUCAUCUACUCCCAGUACAAGAGCAGCUCCAGGCACUGGCCAAUAACCAAAUAUAUAGAAUAAAUAUAAGGCUUUGCAUCCAGAAAGAAAAUUACAAAAAACUGAAUAAAAUUGCUAAGGUUUGAAGCCAAGGGUUUUUUGGGGUUUUGUUUUUUGGUGGUUUUUUGGUCUUUGGUUUGGUGGGGGUUUUUUUUGUUCUUUUUCUGGUGUAUAGAAAUUAAAGACGGGAUGGAACAAAUACAUCUUUUGUUGUAGCAUAAGCCAGUGUCUAGCUUAGUCCUCCCAUCUGCCAGACUUGGACCUUGAAAGCUGCUGUGUUUGUCUUAUCAAAGUUAUAAAAAAAAUUCCAGCUAUUAUACAAGAGUACAGAAUGUACAGUCUAAAUCUGAAAGAAAAUAAAUAAAUUUUUAAAUAAAUAAAAAGAAAAAUAUCUUCAAGACUAGAAUGACAUUUUCAGUGGAAGCAGGAGGUCAACUUGCCUUGACAGGAGAUGCCAAACAUUUACAGCUGACAAAAGGAGUUAGAGGCAUGCCAGCUGUUUAAUCUGUCAUCCUGGUUAUCGUUGUAACAGGUGAGUUCCCUUCAGAAACUCAGUAUCACAGUCAGAAACACAAUGGAGAAUAUUCAAUUCAGCUUGUGCAUUUCAACAUGACAGUGCUACGGGAAGCACUACAGGCCAGGCAGCUACAGUCUGGUAAGAAGCAGGUCACAGCCAGCAAUUCAAUUAGUCUGCACAACAGGAAGCCUGAAAGGAGAUGGUAUCCCACUGAGGCUUGUGUGCUCCCCCUUGAGGUAAGCAACAAAAGGGCUCAUUCGGAUGACCCAUGGAUAUGUCUGCAAAUAUCUAAACAGUACAUGCACUGAACGUUCAAUACUGAGGUGGUGGCAUUGGGAGCAGUUAUUGGACUGCAGCAACACCCUGCUUUGCAGACUGUUUGCCAACACCAUCAUCAUGGUUAGGAGCAGGAUCAUACCUUGAUCCGCUGACAUGCUGAACUUACGACCUCCUGGAGACUCCUCAGAGCAGACAAACUAAGGUCAAGUAUAUUUCAGAGCUCUGCCUCCACAAAGCAGGUGGCGUACAGAGCACUAACAAUAAAUCUGAAACUCUGGUUUUGUUGUUUUAUAUAACAAGUCUUACUCCCAUCUAUGUGUUGGUUCCAGAACUCCCAAUCCCCUCACUUAAUUUUUCAGAGGUGAGGAAACCCACUAUCUUACAUCUUGACACCAUGUAUAUGUUGCAUUUAUAAUAACACUUAGCCCUAGAGAAUUGCACCCAUGACUUUUAACUGAAGAAAUACAGCUGCAGAAAAAAUAAACAUCAGUAACUCAGAAAGAUAACUGGAUAGAGUAGUCAUGGGAAAACAGCUGCUGGAGAGAUAGCUCAUAAGAAAAAGGCAUGGAGAAAGAAGACCUCAAACAGCAGCCAAGUUUCAUUUAUUACAAAGAGGAAACAAGACAGAGCAAUUAUAUUGUUUACCACUCCUCCCAUCUCAUGUAAUUGUGAAAACUGAUUAUGAAGGGCAACCUCCUGGAGCAAUGAACUUAAAACUGAGAAAAUGAAGGAAGUCCAACUUCUAUCUAAAUAGAAUAACUAAAUACAGCCUAGCAGCUGUGGUGCAAAUUAAACUGUUUUUUAGUAAAGAUACUUAGCCAAAUACUUGAUUGUCUCAACAGCUGCAUGCUCCUGCAGCUUAGGAGGCUGCUAAGAGGGAAUGUACACACACUGCCAGCAGUCUCUGGCAUCACUUCCCCUAAGCACCAGUCUCCCUGAACUCUACAUCACUACUAAGGUCAUGUAGCUGGUAAUUACCCUGUGACACCUUCCCUUUCUGAGCAUUGCAGAUAUUGCUGUUCUGCUUUCAUAACCAUUUACAGAUCCCUCUGUAAUUCAUCUGAAAGUUGUGUUAAUGAAAACUCUUCAUGCAUAUAGGUCCAGAAACAGUUUUAAGAGCUACAUCUGGAAUCUCAGUUGUUCAUCCCAUUACAAUGCUCAUUAUCACAGGCUCUGAUUGUAUGUGUGGGUGCUAUCCUUUAAGCAUCACAAAACACAUUAUUUUUCUCCCAACAACUAUAUGCUGGUUGCAAUUUUACAGUUAGGAACUUUCUACCAACCCCACCUCCAAACCUCUCCUAUAAUCCCACAUAGUCAAGAGGUACUCACAGGUCUCUAGAUCCAUUUGAUAUUAACUCCAAAUUGCUCUAGAACACAGGGGUUUUUAUUUUCCUGAAACAGACCACCUUCAUAAGAGUCCAUACCAGAGCUCCUGUGAGAGUGGUCAAAAUAAACACAGAGAUCAAGUUUUCAACUCUGCCUUUGUGUCUCUAUACAGUCACUAGCCGUGGUCCUGCAUUUCUGCCACAGUUUCAGCUAUGAGUGCCCAACAAAACAUGAGUAAGCCAGGGUUUUGAGAGCUGCAAGUCACCCUGAGAACACUAUAACCUCCAGAAAGAAGAAUAAGGGGACUUGUAGGCAUUGUCCUGGGGUUUCUCUGCAUGACUCGAUAUCCAGUGUUCACAAACUUAACAAUUCCAAGUGCAUACCACAUUAUUUCAUGCAUGGAAAGAGAAAGCAUUAGUUUGACCUGUGCAACAUUACAUUUUCCAGCAAAAUAUAGCUGGAACCUUAAAAGCUCCCUGAGAUGCUUCCAUGCAAUUUGCCCACAAGACAAGGUUUUGGUUUCUAUAAAAUGGAAAGAGCACCUGUGAUACUGGAACACAGGUCCUCCACCUGAGUUGUAUCACAGGACUGGCAGGGUGCUUCAGGCAGUGCAGGCACAACCAGUUCAUCUGCUGGUGUAUGGUGCACACCUUUUGGGUCUCAAGAGAGCUGGAGCUGAGUCUGGCUCUCUUAUGGGCAGCUUUCAUACAUACACCCCCCUCCUCACCAACCGACCUCAGACUCAGGAUAGCUAAAGUUCUAAGUGCCAACACUAUGUGCCACAAAAUUUUUUGUGGUGCUUUUGGUUGGUUGCCGUUAAACCUUUAGUGUCUUCUAAGGCUGCUAUUACAAUGUUAACAGCAGGAGGGAGUCAUGUGCAACCAGGCUGCCUUCUGGCAACCUUUUUGAGCCAGAUAGAAAACAAAGCUGUCAGUUCACCCUUUCCUUCCCUCCCUUUAUAAAUUCUACUGCUUACAAAAUCAGAGUAAGAGUACUUGCAGAAAUCAUUCAAACUGUGAGACAAACAUAAUCAUAUAAAUGUAUAUCUCUGCAUCCAUCCCUCCCCCCAUGUGCCAGUGCCAUGCCAAAUCUAUUACCUAACGGCAAAAUUAUUCACACCCUCCCAAGACUGCUGUUCACUUACAGAAACUCACAAAUGGUAGCAAAAGCCAUCCACACAUCACCAAAUACAACACCAUCUGGCGGGGCAAGAGGGGAAUAUGCAGUCCCUACAUGCUCACAAGGGCACAGAACAUAACUCCCUACCCCCACACACACCUUGUUUUUGUAGUUUACAGAAGUGAGCUGUAAAAGAUCAGCAGUAUUCCUUUCUUAGGGAGGAGGGCAAGGGUUCCUGAAUGCAAAUCUUUCAGGGGGUGUGGGGAGGAAGUAGGGGAUGGAGGGAGCAAGACGAGCCCAAUGCCAAAGAAGCCACCUCUGGGAUUUAGGGAUGUCUUGGGAGAUUAAAUUAGGCUCAUUGCUUCCCUCUCUUCAACCCUCAUUACUUUCUUGUGCAGCCAAUUUGCCCUAUUUCACCUUGCAGCCAGCAAAACCUUGUCCAGAAAGUCUUCAGAGGUUCAGCAGCCAGAAAUACAAGGUGCCACAGUUACUUUGUGGUAUUUUCUUAGAUUACAGUAAUUUAUUUUUCAAUCAGGAAAGUAACAUUUAAAAUAUCAAAGUCCCUCAAUAUAGAGCAUGAAGAACAAACAAUGUUUUAAGUCUCCUGUACCUUCCUGCAAAAACCUGAGGUGGGACCGGAUUUCCUGCCUUGUUUGUGAACAGAGGAUUCAUGUUUCUGCCAAUAUUGGUUUCUGCCAAGACUGGUUUCAUCUCUUAGGGAAAAACUGAGCACCAAAUUUCAGGUUGAACUGGGGAAUUUACUCUAGGAAUAGGUACAGCUUUUGUACUGG